AUGCCACAACCAGGUCCCGAGAGCGUGAUGAAAGCUCGCAUCCUCUCUUCCUCCACACCACCACCACGCCCUCACCACUGGGCAGAUACCAUCACAGUGCAGGCCAAGCUCUAUCUUGGCUCCCGCAAUCCUGCCCAAGCACUCUAUCAAAAGCAAAUCACCAACCACACUGAGACGGCCCAUCCUGCAUCUCACCUGCGACUUGCAGUGGCGGUCCAAGAGUGCAUAUAA